AUGACAAUCUCAAACGUCCCCAAUAACACGCUCAUCAGGAAUCCUCUUUCCAACAAUUUCUCGACUGUAUCAUCUUCACAAUUCUCAGUAAAACCACCUUUUAAUCAAUCUUUAGAUUCAUUUUCUAUGCAUAACAAGUAUAGUCCUAGUUACAGAUACCCAGUUUCUAGUGCUGGUUUCUUUAGACCUCAUUGUGCAGACUUAUUUCGAUGGUUUUCCGUGUUGUCUUUGAAUGGCUGUACCCCGAAGACAAUACUUGAAACGGUGGUUUCUGAUAAAAAUAGAGGAUCUAAGAAGAAGGGUGUUGCUUGUUUUGAUAAAUCUGAGUUCAGGGAGAAAGCUUUUGAUGGGUCUGAGUGGGAUGGGAAUCCCAAAAGAGUUUCUGAAAUAAUUGAGGUCAUUAGGAGUGGUGGGAAUGAAAUGGAGUUCAAGUUAAACUUGAUGGGUUUAAGUGUUUCUGUUAAAUCCGUUACUGAGAUUUUUCGGGUCUUGAGUUGCCAAAGAAUAUCUGCUUUGCAUUUCUUUCGUUGGGUUCGGCAUAUGAAUCCUGGGCUUUAUUCCAAUUCUGAUGCUUGUAGUUUAAUUAUUGAUAACUGUGGUUGGUUAGAUGAUUAUGAGACCAUGAUUUCAUUGUUAAAGGAGUUCAAGUCAAAAAAGAUUUGCCUUAACGAAAAGGCAUUUGGGUUUUUACCUGUUUUAGGUUCGAGUAAGGCUUCAACCAUGGAAUCCAUAAGAAGACUGGUAGAUAUGCUGAAUGGAAUUGGGGGGUCAAGCCGUGGUUCUGGCAUUUGCGCAUUGAUUAAGAUGCUUUGUACAGUGGACGCCUUAGAAAUGGGCAAGUUUGUGAUACAACUCACAGAUAGGAAAGUAUCCUACUACAAUAUUCUGAUUCGCGAGAACUGCAGGAGAGGCCAUUUUAAAGAAGCACACGGUCUAAUCAAAGAGAUGAGAAAAUUGGAUUGUGGCCCUAAUGCCAAAACAUACAACUACCUGCUUAGCUAUUUAUGUAUGAAUGAUAGGACAACUGAAGCUUGCAGUGUGCUCGAAGAAAUGCUAGAAAGCGGUUCUCCUCCUGAUGCCUUGACGUUUGAAAUAUUUAUUUAUUUUGCCUGUAGGCUUGGCAAGUUAGAUGUUGCAAAUCAGUUUUUCGAUAGAAUGGUAUCUAGAGGUCUUGAACCUCGGCUAACAAGUCAUGCUGCCUUUGUCAAGGGUUGUUUCCAUGCAAGGCAAUAUGAGGAGGCAUAUAAGUAUGUUGUUGGUGCAAGUGUUGCAUAUGAGCAGUCAACCAACAUGAUUUACAGCUUGCUUGCAGGUCUUCAUCAAAAACAUGGAAAUCUUUUGGUUGCAUUUGAGAUUCUUAGUGAAAUGAUGAGCAAGGGUUUCAAGCCAAACUUCCCAGUUUAUGUGAGAACUAUGAAACGGCUCCACAAGACUGGCAAAGGGCAUUUAGCUGGAGAUCUAAAGCGCAGUUUCUCUAGGUUUAGGUUAGUGUCAAGCACAACAACUGGGCUAAGUCAAUCAUGA